AUGUCGUCCGACGCGUCGCCGUCGUCGGGCGUCGCGCGCGCGGUGGCGUCGCCGCUCGUCGUCUUCAUCGCGUUUCUUCUUCUCGAUUGUUUCAAGCUCUUGGUGACGGUGACGUUCGACCUCGAGCCGGUGUUCGCGUUACAGCGAGAGAUCGCGCGGUCGACGCGAUCGUUGGCGCGGUCUGGGGCCACGGAGGCGGGCGCGGUGGGGUCGGAGGCGGCGACGACGGUGCGAGAGCGACGAUUGGAACGGGUGCGGGGAAAGUUGAAACAACUCGAGCGGAGACGAAGCGGAACGGCGAGAAACGCCGCGAGAGCGGCGCACUGGACGAAGAUGGCGAAAGCGGCGCUGGGAGUCGCGUUCGCGAUCGGAAUGCGGGAGAUUGAGAUGUUUCGAUUGCCGAGAGAGUUUGUGUUUCCGCUCGGGAAGUGGUUGAAGGCGCCGCUUGCAGAGGCGGAGCCGGGCGCGGUGAGCGCGGUGGCGUGGACGCUCCUGUGCGCGACGGCGAGCGAACGCGUGGUCACCGCGAUUGUAUCUCCGGUGUUGAAGAUGUUUCUCGGUGGCGCCAUGGCGCGAAGGUGA